AUUGACUAGAAACCAUUAACUCCUCUCCUGUACAUCCACCAUUUUCUUCUCCUUUACUAUCAACACUUCCCCUUGAAAAUAUACAAAUAAACUCAUUAUGGGGAAGGAACAAUUUUCGCGUUCAAGUACAAGAGCACCUCGUCAUGAUCCCCUUCAUGUUCAGCUCAUGGGUCCGUCUGACAAUGACCCCCUGGGCAAGCAACCCAGAGCAAAGGCCGCCAGAAAUGAGCGCAAGAACAGACCUGAUGCUAACUUUGUCGAUGCAAAACUGUCCAGAAAAAUUUUGUCUAUUGCACAAGAGCAACAGGAUGAGAUCAGAAGAGAGGAGCGAGGAGGCCUUUCCUCUGACGAGGAGGAGGGAAGCACAUUUGGUAAGAAAUCGGGAUCAGGACCCACCAGGAACCUAAUUCCAGCCAUUGGCGACAGUGACGAAGAUGAGUCGGACAUUGAGGACGGAGACGAUUUUGGUACAUACGAUGAGAUCGAAAUUGACCAACAGGAUGCUGAAUUACUCGCCAAGUUUAUGCCUGCUGCACCCAAAGAAAAGAAAACACUGGCAGAUCUGAUUAUGGAAAAGAUUAAUGCUCAGAACGCUGCAAAUGCUGCAGCAGCAGCCGCUGCUUCAAGCGAUAUGACAGUACUGGGUUCAGAAAAUAAGAAGGGACCCUUGGAUACUGCAAUGGACUAUGCGGAUGAUGAUGACGCUACCACUAGCGCGGAUCGCCCAAUGCCUAUGGGUCUGAGUCCUAAAGUCAUUGAAGUCUACUCUAAAGUGGGUUUGUUAUUAUCUCGUUACAAAUCUGGAAAACUGCCCAAGGCCUUCAAGAUCAUUCCUUCACUUCAGAAUUGGGAGGAAAUUCUGUACAUCACUGCACCUGAGAACUGGACAGUCCAUGCCACUUAUCAGGCUACCAGAAUCUUUACAUCCAACUUGAAGGAGAAGCAAGCACACAAGUUCUUCAGCUUGGUAUUAUUGGACAAAAUCAGAGACGACAUUGCAGAAAACAAGAAGUUAAAUUACCAUCUUUAUAUGGCCUUGAAGAAGUCGCUGUACAAGAGUAAGGCUUUCUUCAAGGGUAUCUUGUUCCCACUUUGCGAGUCCGGUAACUGCACACUCAAGGAAGCAGCCAUUGUUGGAUCCGUUAUCACCAAAGUUAGUAUACCUGUUCUGCACUCUGCUGCCGCUCUUCUGCGAUUAGCUGAUAUGGAAUACACUGGGCCCAACUCCCUCUUUAUCCGUGUAUUAUUGGAUAAGAAGUAUGCUUUGCCAUACAAGGUCAUUGAUGCAUUGGUGGAUCAUUUUUUGAGAUUCAAGAUGGAUCCUCGGAUAAUGCCUGUUCUCUGGCAUCAAUCUUUCCUGAUCUUUGCUCAACGCUAUAAAUCCGACAUCACACCAGACCAAAAGCAAGCCCUGGUUGAGCUCCUACGUUUUAAGACCCAUGAGGGUAUCUCACCCGAAAUCAGAAGAGAAUUGAUGAACAGUGUGGCUCGUGGAGAAAUGUUACCCGAACCAACUGACGACAUGUUGAUGGAUAUUUAAUGAAUAGAAGGAAAUUACAGUUCUUGAUCUUUCUCUUGCAUCUUAUACAAUCACUAUCUAUUUUUUCUCAUACUUCUUUACUUAUCACUCUUCCCACGCCUGCUCACAUCAUACUCAUGC